AUGGUGGGAACACUCACCGCCACGUCAAGACGGGUAUAUAGAACCACAACACAUGUACCACAGGAAUUAGGACAGAUCAUGGAUUCAGAAACAUUUGAAAAAUCUCGUCUGUAUCAGCUGGACAAAAGUACUUUCAGCUUUUGGUCAGGCCUGUAUUCCGAGGUUGAGGGCACUAUGAUUCUCCUCUGUGGAGGAAUUCCUUUUCUCUGGAAUCUGUCUGGCCAGAUCUCUGGUCGUGCUGGGUUUGGACCAGAAUAUGAGAUUGUUCAGUCAUUGGUAUUUCUGCUGCUUGCAACACUCUUCAGUGCAGUGACUGGUCUCCCGUGGAGUUUAUAUAACACAUUUGUCAUAGAAGAGAAACAUGGCUUCAAUCAACAGACGCUGGGAUUUUUUUUUAAGGAUGCUGUCAAGAAGUUUAUCGUGACUCAGUGCAUUCUGUUGCCAGUGACAUCCCUUCUGCUUUACAUUAUUAAAAUAGGGGGAGACUACUUCUUCAUCUAUGCCUGGCUCUUCACAUUAGUUGUUUCCUUG